AUCCGUAUUGUGACAUCACUGGUAGGUAAAACGUCACUGGUUCGAUGCAUUUAUGCCACAACGAAUCACAAAUCUAACCUAUUCUCAGAAGUGCAUUUUCAUGGUUAUCUGUUAUCGUUAUUUAUUUGUUAAAUAUUUGUGAUAAAAUGGAAUCUGUGGUAGACAAAAACCAAUAUAUUCUCCACAAUGAGCAGCCAGUAGUAUCUCUAGAAUUUAAAUCGGUAUUCGAAGGCCUAACUCAAAAAGAAAAGUUAUACGCCCACCACAUCAGCAGAGCUUCUUGGAUAGGGGGAUUAAUUACUCUUUUACAGACGAGCCCCGAGUCUGGACCUGCCUUUGUUUUUCUUCAUAAGCUAUUUUCUGCAGAAAAUCCGGAAAAAUUCAAAACUGGUGCUUUGGCUGCUGGUUUCACCGAAGAUGAAAUCCAAGCACUGUUUGUUUAUGCUUGCGGAAUAUUCUGUAAUGCCGGAAAUUAUAAGGGCUUUGGUGACACCAAAUUCAUCCCAAACAUCGAACAAAAUCGUUUGGAGGAGCUCCUCAAAUUGAGCCCGAACUGGGAAAAACUUGAACCAUUAUGGAAAUCCCUAAAAGACGCUCUUUAUGACUUGAGUCCAGGUAAAACGUGCCUUGGAUACACCCCAGAAGGGUGUACCACAUACUUGUCGAAAAACUGUACACCUGAAGAUAACGAAGCAGUACAAAAUUGGAUGAAAUCUGAAAAAAUGGAAUGCUACAAUACUAGGUUGUUCAAAACUGUGGAAAAUGAUAAGAUAUGCUAUCAUAUAAGAUUAGCUGGAGAAGUUAAAAAUACGUUGAAAACCCACACUGAAGGUAACGUAACUUACAUAGUCACUUCUGGUGACUAUUCUCCACUUAUGGGAAAAGUUGCUGACUCAUUAGAAGCUGCUGUGGAGCAUGCUGCGAAUGAAACUCAACAGAAUAUGCUGGAAUCUUAUGCUCGUUCAUUCAGAAGUGGAUCGUUAGAUGACCACAAGACCGGUUCAAGAUACUGGAUUCAAGAUAAAGGACCUGCGAUUGAAACAUAUAUUGGUUUCAUUGAAACUUAUAGGGAUCCCGCGGGGGUGAGAGGGGAAUUCGAGGGUUUUGUAGCAGCGGUUAAUAGAGAAAUGUCUCUGAAGUUUGCUGACUUGGUUGCUAAAGCUGAAAAAUUUUUGACUUUGUUACCUUGGGGCGAAGGGUUUGAAAAAGACACUUUUUUAAAACCAGAUUUCACCUCCUUAGAUGUCCUUACUUUUGCUGGUAGUGGCAUACCGGCAGGUAUCAACAUACCUAACUAUGAUGAUAUUCGUCAAACUGAAGGAUUCAAAAACGUUUCUCUAGGAAACGUAAUACCAGCCAGUUAUCAGUUUGCAGUCACUCCGUUUCUGAGUAAAGAAGAUGCUGAUCUCUUACAAAAAUGGCGUGUUCCUGCUUUCGAAUUACAGGUAGGUCUCCAUGAACUACUAGGUCACGGAUCCGGAAAACUUCUCAUGAAGAAACCAGACGGCUCCUUCAAUUUUCCCUCCACCCUAGUGGAUCCUCUAACCGGGAAACCACCUUCAUCUUAUUACGAGUCCGGAGAUACGUAUGACACAAAAUUCGGCCCCCUUAGCUCGUCCUAUGAAGAGUGCAGAGCCGAAGCUGUUGGGUUGUACCUCAGCUUGGACCCGAAUGUACGCAAAAUUUUCGGACACGAAGGAGAACAGGCUGAAGAAGUGGCAUACGUCAAUUGGUUGUCGCUGAUAUGGGCAGGUGCGGGAAGGGGUUUGGAGCUGUGGGAGCCCGGUAGAGGUUGGCUACAGGCACAUGCGCAGGCUCGUUUUGUGAUAGCUAAAGUACUUAUUGAGGCUGGAGUAGCUUCAGUCACACAGCCAAAGGAAAACGACUUAUUGGUGACUGUGGAUCGUUCGGCGAUUAACGAAACUGGAAAAAAGGCACUUGGAGACUUCCUUCUAAAGUUGCAGGUAUACAAAGCAACAGGCGACGUAGAAAAAGCUAAGGCACUCUAUGACCACUAUGCGGAAGUGAACGAACCGUGGGCCAGUUGGAGAUCCAUCGUUUUAGCCAACAAACAGCCCAGAAAAAUGUUCGUUCAGGCUAACACAUUUUUAGAAGGUCAAGAAGUUCGGCUGAAAACUUAUGAAAGUUCGGUGAGUGGGUUGUUGCAGUCUUGGGUGGAUCGAUUCCCAGAGCCUGAACCCUUGUACGAAGCCUUAUUGACGCUUUCAGAGGCUGACUCUUCCCAUUUCUGAUGGAUGUCAACGUAUUCUAGCAUAAUUUGCAAAUUUUAUCAGUUUUGUGACAUGAAUGAUUUUAUCAAAAAUACUUGCAAUAUUUGAUAUUUUUAAUACAUUUUAAAAUUUGA